GUUCUAGGAUUCGAGGACACGUACAAAUGGCUCCAAGAUGAUGGCAAUGGAUACCAGAAAAGAGGCGGAGUUCGUUUAACGAAGGCACUCAAUUCGAGCACCAAGAUCAUUUGGGCGGAUCGACAGAGGGCGGUCGAGCGACACAAACGUGAUUACGUGCCAUUAUCUAACUUCGAUUCAGAGAAACCUUUGAUAAGAGAGAAGAGGCUGGAGGUAGAUCAGUAUCGCUUGAACAGCGUAAUGGAAGAUGAUAAGGAUUGGCGACUAUUUGGAUUGAACGAUCCUGAAGACUCGAAGCUAAUGUUCAAUGAUGAACUGUGGGAUCAAGAGUGGUACCUG